UCGCAGCACCAUGGCCAGCCCCAGGACCAGAAAAGUUCUCAAGGACGUCAAGGUGCAAGAUGACAACAACGUUUGCUUCGAGUGUGGUGCCUUCAGCCCCCAGUGGGUGAGUGUCACCUAUGGCAUCUGGAUCUGCCUGGAGUGCUCCGGGAAGCACCGUGGCCUCGGGGUGCACCUCAGCUUUGUGCGUUCUGUCACCAUGGACAAGUGGAAGGACAUCGAGCUGGAGAAGAUGAAGGUGGGGGGGAAUGCCAAGUUCCGGGCCUUCCUGGAAUCGCAGGACGACUAUGACCCCUGCUGGUCUCUGCAGGACAAGUACAACAGCAAGGCCGCUGCCCUCUUCCGGGACAAGGUGGCCACACUGGCUGAAGGGAAGGAGUGGUGCCUGGAGACGUCACCUGCCCAGAACUGGACCCCGCCCCAGCCCAAGACAUGGCUGGCUUCAGCCCCUCGCGCCUCUGGGCAGCCUCCGAGCAGCACCCCUUCCUCUGACAAGGCCUUCGAGGACUGGCUGAGUGAGGACCUCGGUUCCUACCAAGGGGCCUCAGAGAAGCGCUAUGUAGGCUUUGGGAACACAGUGUCGCCACCCCCGAAAGAGAAUGACUUCCUCAACAACGCCAUGUCAUCACUGUGCUCGGGCUGGAGCAGCUUUGCCUCUGGAGCCAGCAGGUUCGCCUCUGCCGCCAAGGAGGGUGCUACCAAGUUUGGAAGCCAGGCGACCCAGAAGUUCUGGGCCUCGAAGCCGUCACCAGAACUGGCCUCCGAGCUAGGCCAGAGUCUGAAUGAGAAUGUCCUCAAGCCGGCCCAGGAGAGGGUGCAGGAUGUGGGCAAUCGUGGCUGGCGGGAUGUCACCUCCUUUUUCUCUGGCAAGGCAGAGGACGGCUUGGACAGGCCACCAGAGGGCCAGAGCUACCAGAACAGCACCAUGGACCAGAGCUUCUGGGACAGUUUUGGUGGUGGCACCGAGUCUGGCAGGACACGCCAGUCCCCAAGCAGCGAUAGCUGGACCUGUCCGGACAUCUCGGCUGAAAAGAAGAGCUCGGACAGCUGGGACAUGUGGGGUUCCGCGUCCAGCCACAGGAGCAGUGAUGGUGGUGGUGGGGGCGAGGGCAGGACCCCCACCCCUAGGAAGGCAGUUCCUGCGGUGGCUGAAGCUGAGGAUGGCUGGGAUGUCCAGGACUGGUAGCCCCAGAGUCAGCUGGCCUGGCCCCCCCAUCUGCAAGGAGGCACCACCCACUCGCGAGGAGGCAUCGCCCAUGUCAGGGACUCUUGUUCCACCUGGCUCUG